GCAAAAAUGGCUGUUAGCUUAUCACUGUUGUGAUUUUUUGAACAGGCGAAGACGCCUGGCGUCGUGUGAAAACCCAUGUAGUGACUUAUAAUAACAGACCUUUUACAACCAGGAUGUGCUCGGUCGUUGGGUGUUAUUCGGGGCGUCUAGGGGCGCAACGGUUCAAGUUACCGGAGGAUCCCGAGAGGAGACUGCAGUGGGUCCGGUUUCUUGCUGCAGCCAAUAAACAGCGGUUCAAAGAGUCUUCGUGGACUGACAUUUCUGUUUGUAUUGAGCACUUUAAAGAUGACUGUUUUGAAAAACGUUUGAGCGACAUGGCCCAGCUAACGUUAAAGCCCACUGCGGUCCCGUCUCUGUUUAACGAAUCAGAGGAGCCUGAGGCACAUCUGGAGAGCCCUAAGCAUGGGGAGUCUUCAGAAACAGUUGAACCUGCUGGUCAGAGUGACCUCGUUGAACUGUGUAACAGUUCAGUUUCCAGUUCAGAAGAAUCAGUAGUGAGUCCAGCAGCUUGCCAAGAAAGCCCAGCCCCAAAAAGAAUCGCAUCUUCUGAUAAACCACAUGCUAUAACAUCAGUGCGUGGCCAGACACAAGCAAAAAAUGUGAAUACUCAUCUGCUAAAAGAAAAAGCUGCACGUCUCCACAUGAAAGGAAAGUAUGUUGUAAAUGAAAAACGCCUCUUCCAGUUGUUUAAUCCAAAGUGCCCUUCAUGUGGCAGCAAACUUAAGAUGCAGAAGAUCACCUAUGGGCUGCUCUUCAUCUUGAACCAACAGUGCCUUCAGUGCGACUACAAAAACCAGUGGAAAAGCCAGGUCAAUGCCAAUAUCCCUACAGAUGAAGAGCUAUGCCAGACAGGACAUAAAGACGUCUCUUCAGAGAACAAACCGGACAAGCCAACAGAUGGCACCCAGAGCAGUAUGGCAGAUGUCUCUGACAUUGUUGCUUCUAUUGCUGAGGAAAGCUUCCACAUGGAGGAAACAGAUGAAUCUUGUGAUCAGGAUGACAUGGAUUCGGAUGAAGAUUGGAAGCCAGACGGAGUGUCUGUGCCGGCUCAGCAGAAAACCAGAGAGGAAGAGGAAACUGAAGAGGAGGGGGAAGAUGAUGAGGGGGAUGAAGAUUAUCCUCCUGUCGCACACAAAGACAGUGAGCUCUGCACAGACUGUGGGAAGUUUUUUAAUAAAUCAAGGCAUCACAUAUGUGAGCACAAAACUAAACCCUAUUCUUGCAACAUUUGUGGAAAAAGAUUUGAAAGUGAUCAUGCUCUGAGUCGUCACAGCAGAAUACAUGAUGCAAACUAUGAGCACCGGUGUAAAUACUGCCAUGUUACAUUCAAAACAAAGGCAGAUAAGCUCUCUCAUGAGCAGACCCACAUGACUGAAGGAAAACCAUACAAAUGUCCUGACUGUCCUCAGUCGUUUAGCUCAAAUAAGGAACGCAAAGUCCACAUUGAGGAGCACAGGGGCCCUCCACAGUUAAAAUGCGACUUCUGUGGGAUUGAGUUCUGCUGGCCGCUCGCUCUCCGGAGACACUUAGCUGUGCACACAGGAGAGAAACCGUACAAGUGUUCAGUUUGUGACCGUGGCUUUAACCAGGCGAGCCACCUGAAAUCUCACAUGCGCCUGCACACAGGGGAGAGGCCUUUUAAGUGUCAGCAUUGUGACAAAUGCUUUAAUCACAAUGUGAGCUUGAAGAGUCACAUCCAGCGUUACCACACAUCCAUUUCUGGAGAUGAACUGAAUUAUGGGAACAAAAGUGAAACCUUAUCCUCAGAUUCAGGAAUUGGAAAUGUUGAAGUAAAACAGGAAAGAGAUGAGGGGGUGGUAGAGGAGUUCAUAUGUAAACCUAAAUGGAAAAAAAGGGGCACAGGGAGACCAUUAGGAAGGCCAAGAAGUGAGGAAACACCAACAAAGACUUCAAAACAGCGGGGUCAGAGGUCAAAGAGAACACAGUGCCAUGAAGAAAGUGGUGAUGAGCAGAGUUACUGUGACAUGCCCUGGGAUGUUGCUGGAUUAAUAAAAAAGGCGAACAGUGGAAAGAGCCCAGCAAAACGCAGAGGAAGACCAAGGAAAAACCCAGAACCCUUUUCUUAAAAUACAUCAUGGCUGAAAUUUUGAUUUUAUUUAAAUAACUGUGAAAAGAAGUUAAUAUUUUAUGGGGGACUCCUGACGGAUUUGCUUGAAAACAUGCGGGGUCCACUUUUAAUCAACUACUUUUUACUGUUAUUUAACUGAUUACAAAAUACUUCUGUACUCUGAUGUUGGAUGUUUAGGUUAUGGAAUUUACUUGUAACAAUGUAAAUUAAAUAGGGCUGAUUUUAAGUGCUAGUGUUCCUUUAUGUUGCUGCAUUAUACGCUUUAUGCAUCACAUAGAAGAAUAUGUAGUGUUCACUUACUUGUCAGUUGCAUCACACAUACUACUGAGAGGUAAAGAAAAUCUACUUCUGCUGUAUUAUCUAGACUUCAAGAUAUUU